AUGAAAGAGCGCCGCGACGAAAGCAGCACCGCGUCCGGCCUGGCCCGAGCUCCGACCGACGUACGCCCAAGCUACGAGCGACAACCGCACAGCAGCAACCGCCAACGGCACACGAGACCCGAAGUGGAAGCGCACGGACAAAGGACGCCGAAGAGACGCGAGAAAGACGGCAACCGACAGAACGGGAGGAAUCAGCGGACACGAAACCGACGCGCCGGGACCAAGAAUCGCAAAAGAGAGCUGCGAAUAAGAGUCAGAAGAAGAGACACACAGGGAACGGGCGGCGUGAUAGGAGGCAGGAGACGAACAACUAACGCAGAGGCCGGCGGGAGAGCCUGGACACCAAGCGGCAACAACAGACACGACGCGGAGCAUCGGGGCCUCCAGAAAGCGGAACCCGGGCGUGCCGGAGGAAGCGACGUAUGCCGAUCGCGCGCCGCCGGCACACUGGGGCAGGGAGCGGACCGGCGAACGAGCACGCAGAAGCUCCGCGACGAGCGCCACCACAGCGAUAGCAGAACACACGAAAGGUCGCAGAAGAUGCGGGGCAAAGAGAACGAUGACACGAGCACGGCGGACGCCACACAGCACCACCCGCACUGA